ACUCUCGUUCUUCUGGCCUUCACGGCUCUUGCAGAAGCAUCUGGACAAUGUCCCGACAUCUGGUCAACUAUUGCCUCAGAUCUUUCUAAAACCUUCAUUGGCCCCAGUGGAUGUACCGACCUUGCGCGGGGUGCAAUUCGUUUCGCUUUUCAUGAUGCUGGAUCGUACUCGUCCAAGACACCUGCUUACGCACCUGCCACUGGUGGUGCCGAUGGAUCUCUUCUGUUGAGCUCUGUAGAGAUAUCACGCGAUGAGAACGCUGGUCUGCAGCCAUAUUACGGAUUCUUGCGUGGCAAAUACAACCAAUACAAAUCACAAGUCGGUGCCGCAGACUUGAUCCAAUUUGCUGCAAGUGUGGCAAUCAUCAGCUGUCCUGGAGGUCCGAAAGUUCAAACUGUUGUUGGUCGCAAGGAUACCGACACCCCAGCACCCGAUAACCUUUUGCCUAAGGCUUUCGGCGCAGGCGCUGCUCAACAAGUAUUGAUUCAGCUCUUCGAGGACAAGGGUAUCAGUCAGCCUGAGCUUGCUGCUUUGAUUGGUGCGCACACCGCAUCCAAGGCAAUUGCUCAGGAGCAAUUCGGUGUUCCGUUCAAUGACUCUACUCCGGGCCAAUGGGACGUGAAAUACUUUUCCGAGACAGACAGUCACCCGAGAGGUGUCUACCCCUUCGAGUCCGACGUCAACCUCUCAAAUCCCAACUCAACUGUUGGUCAAGUGUUCCAGAGCUUUGUCAACGCCCAGAGUGAGAUUACCUUUUCGACUUUUGCAGAGUUUUGGAAUGCAGCUUUCGCACCUGCAAUGGCGCAUCUCAGUGUCCUCGGUAUCUCUGAGUCAGACCAAGCCAACUUCAUUGACUGCACAAGCGCAGUACCAUCAGGAUCCAACGCAAGACUUAUCCGCGCAGCUCCCAUCAAUGACAGAAUUAGAUAA